AUGAGGAGCUUCAAGUCGCAUUUUUACAAGCACACAGCCGCUGGGAAAUACACGUUCGAGGAACUGACUACUCUCCUGGCGAAGAUUGAGGCCUGUUUGAAUUCCAGGCCCAUCUCGCCAAUGUCCGAAGAUCCCACGGACCUUAUCGCUCUUAGCCCUGGGCAUUUCCUAAUCGAUGGACCAUUACUUGCGGUAGCAGAACCUGAGGUUAAAGAAGGUCCCAGCUCCAUUAUCAAUCGGUGGCGGAGGUUGAAAGCCCUGAAUCAGCAGUUCUGCCUGCGUUGGAAGGAGGAAUACCUAAAGGAACUCCACAAAAGGAACAAAUGGAAGUUCCCAACGCGAGAUCUCCAGGCGGGGGACAUGGUGGUGAUCAAAGAGGGGAACUUGCCACCCAACGAGUGGCGGCUUGGGCGUAUCCAAUUGGUCUGUCCUGGUGUGGACGGCAAGCCGCAUAUACAAUGGCCCCAGCGAUCCGCCACGGUGUCCGUCGUUCAUCGUUUCAUGGUGUAUACCGAUGUCGAGUGUGCAGGGGUGUUCACCCACUGA